AUGGCCGACACAACACCGCACUCAGAAGAACCCAUUCCACGCCCAGAACCCACGGAACCUUCACAAGAGAACAAUGACACCACCGCAUCUCCAGCUCCAGCUCAAAACGGCUCCCCCGCCGACAAACAGAAGCCCACUCCACCCGCAGAGCAUCCACUGCCCAAGCGCAGACGCAUGGAAGAGCGACACCAAAAGCCCCGCCGACGCGGCCGAACACCCCCGUCCGCCUACUCCCGCCGGGAUGGAGACGAGCCGAGCGCAACACCCACCCGCAACGACCAAUCGACCCGAUCCCCGUCCCCAGUGCCUCCGCCGCGGUCGCCGACGCCUGAAUCGCAAGCCCGCAAGCGGAAGAGACCCGGCGGCGGCGCGCGAAUGGGUCUCGUAGAUCGGGAGACCCUGCGACGGCGACAGGAGGAGCGCGAGCGCGCGCAGGAGCAGGACGCCAUGCGCUUCUCGCAGAGUCGCGGCGUGACCGACAUCGUCCGCCAGCACUACAACGCGGUGCCGCAGCGUGGACGCGAGUGGCGCAAAACUGAGAGCAAAAUUAAGGGUCUACGCAGCUUCAACAACUGGGUGAAGAGUACUUUGAUCCAGAAGUUCUCGCCGGAUGAGGAGUUUGUCGCCCGGUUUAAUGACACGAAAGACUGGGCGGAUGGCAUUGCUCCGCCGCAGACGGACGAGAAGCGGCUCCUGGUGCUGGAUCUCGGCUGCGGGAAGGGUGGUGACCUGGGAAAGUGGCAGCUUGCGCCGCAGCCUGUGGACCUGUAUGUUGGGCUGGAUCCUGCGGAGAUUUCGAUCGUCCAGGCGCGCGAGCGGUACAGUGGGAUGAGGAACGGCCGGGGACCGCGCGGUCGGCGCCCGCGUCUGUUCCACGCUGAGUUCGCCCCCAAGGAUUGCUUCGGGGAGUGGCUGGGCGACAUUGAGAUCAUCCAACAAGUCGGGAUUGAUCCUAAUGCUGGGCCAGGAGGGUCGGUGAUGAGCUCGCGCUGGGGCGGCGGUGGCUUCGAUGUGGUGACAUCCAUGUUUGCCAUCCACUAUGCGUUUGAGAGUGAAGAGAAGGCCCGACAGAUGCUGCGCAAUGUGGCCGGGUGUCUGAAGAAGGGAGGUCGGUUCAUCGGCGUGUGUCCGAACUCGGAUAUCAUCAGCGCGCGAGUGGCACAGCAGAACGCGAAGCGAAAGGAGCGUGAGUCGGCUGCGAAGAAGGAGGACGCAGAGCCAGAGGAUGGAGAGGUGGAAGAGGAAAACAAGACCGAAUGGGGAAAUUCGAUCUAUCGCGUCCGGUUUCCGGGCGACACGCCUGAAGACGGCGUGUUCCGGCCUCCGUUCGGCUGGAGAUACAGCUAUUUCAUGGAAGAGGCCGUGGAGGAGAUCCCAGAAUAUGUGGUGCCGUGGGAGGCGUUCCGAGCUCUGACGGAGGACUACAACCUCGAGCUGCAAUACCGCAAGCCCUUCUUGGAUAUCUGGCAAGAUGAGAAGGACGAUCCGGAAUUGGGUCCCCUCAGCGAACGUAUGGGCGUCCGCGAUCGCAACACCGGAGCGCUACUCAUGACCGAGGAGGAAAAGGAAGCCGUUGGGUUCUAUCACGCGUUCUGCUUCUACAAGGUACACAACCACCACACCACCCAAUGCAAAAUGCCAACAGCAACACCCUCAAGGGGCCGUCCCCGAUCGACUACCCCACCUCUACCCCCCUACGAACCACCCCUUAUCCCCCUCCACAACACCGGCCACGCCAAACUAAUCACGCUGCUGAAAUCGCAAUCCCUCCGCCAACUAAAAACGCACCUCCAACACGCCGAGGAAAAGCUCACCGACUCCGCCGGCGAGGUCAAUGAGCGUCUCACCGACUCGCGCCUGCGCUACGAGAAGCAGAAAGAGCGGCGCCGCGCUCGUCGCCCACGGCAAAAUGACAGCGGCGAGCAGGCCGAGUCUGCGGCCGCGGCGCUGGACGACGCAGACGACAACGACGACGGGGACGAGGAGCACGAGCGGCUGAUGCAGCUGGAGGAACAGGUGACCGGCGUGACGGGACAGUUGGAAGCUGCCAUGCGCAGGACCAUCGAUGCGGAGGUGAAGGUCGAUUCGUUGGCGGGCGUUAUGGGGCGGUUCGAGACGGAGGCAGAGCAGGCGAGUCUUGCGCCGCGGCGGGCGACGCGGCGGACGAGACGGCACAUAAAUGCGGACGAAGAUGGAGACGACGACGGCGACGGUGAUGAUGCGGAUUAUGACCCCGCGGAGGGCGAGGGCGCCGAGGCGCCGAGCCAGAAGCUGCAGACGAGUCUGGCGGAGAGCAACGCCCGCUGGGACGGACUGUCGCUGACCGAGAGAUACGCGACCAACAACGCCUAUAUCGGCUUCUACCGGAUCAUCCACGAAGCCAAACACCCCGGCGACGACAUCCCGCCGCUCCCGCACGCCUCGACGUGGUUCAUGCACCUGGAAGAGCCGGCCGGCGCCGCCGCGGACGAGCACGGGCAACGCACGCGCACACGGGGUGGCCAACGCGCUCGCAGCGCGUCCCCCGCCGACUCGGACGACAUCGCCAUCGAGCGCGAGCGCAUCUCGCUCAAGUGCCCUCUGACACUGCUGCCGUUCCGCGACCCCGUGACCAGCACGAAAUGCCCGCACAGUUUCGAGCGUGAGGCGAUUGAGGGCAUGAUCGCGUCGAGUGCGACCACGGCGCCCGCGCCCGCGGGGAGUCGUGCGCGCCGCGUGCGCUCCGUCAAGUGUCCCGUGUGCUCGGAGGUGCUCACGGCCGCCGAUCUGCGGAGUGACCCGGUGCUGCUGCGGCGCGUGCGGCGGGCCGAGGCGGCGACGCGGCGUGAGGCGGAGGAGGAGGAGCUGGACGUCGAGGGCGGGCGGCAGAGACGGCGGAAGAGUCGGGGUGGGAUCAUGUUGGGGAGCGAUGAUGUUGUGGAGGAGGAGAGCUCUGUCCGUCACCGGGCGGCGCCGGACCCCGUGCGGGUCAAACGGGAACGGCUUAUGUCUACGCCUGCGAAUGAGCAGGGUUGA